AUGGAAACGGCGGGCCUUCGAGGGUUGCUAGGAGACGGAGAGACGCGGGGAAAAAGAAAGAGGUGGCUACGACACUGCCUGCAUCUCUUCCUGGCUUCAAAGAUGUCUGCUGGGAAUCCAUAUUCGAAUAUCCUGCCCAAGAGCAUGCUUAGCAGUUUGAAGAACCCGGAUUAUAGCCCGUGGCAAAGAAAAGCUAGGAAGCAAACGCCACGUCUAGACUUACCACCACUCAAUAGAUCAGAAGAGAAGAAGGAAGGAAGAAAUAAAUCAGUGAGCGAAAGAAGCCCAGUCUUUGGCUUGAAGAUGCCACUCCCCGUGAAACAGAGGGUCCAUUUCUCACAGGCCAUGGCAAAGGAAAUGAAGUUGGCAAAGAGCUUGGAGAACAUCAAAAUUUUGCAGCGGAUUUCCAAGAGCCGGAGACACAGCUUGGAUGAACUGAAGCACCACUCCAAAGUCCUCUUGAAGAAGAACCUGGGGCUGAUGGAGUGGAUCAAGGAAAUGGAUUAUGAAAGUGCCAAAGACGCCAGGGAUCUCCUCCAGCAGUAUGAAAUGUUUGGGACAGUCAUCACGACCCUCCGGGACUCGACCCAGAACCAGGUUGGCAUCGCAAAAAGGGAACUCAUGGAGAAAGAGAAAAUAGUGGAGAAGAACAUGGGAAAACUAGAUGCGGAGAUGGGGCGCAUGAACACGAAAGUUCAGUCCCUCCAGGAUGAGCUCAAUGUCUUGCGGUCCUAUAUGGACAAGGAGUAUCCGGUUAAAGCGGUCCAGAUUUCAUCUCUGAUGCGGAGCAUCCGGAACCUGAUUGAAGAGCAACAGUAUCCAUAA